AUGGUGCUAUCGCAGCUCUCGCACUGCUCUUGUAGUUGUCAGGCCAUCUGGCACACGGCUCUCGUGGUGGAGUGGCCAGAAGCAGCACGUCAGGUUCUCAAUGCAAAGCAGUUGCAGGAUCGUUGGGCGUCCCUUGCUCGCAGGUUCCUGGGCUACACUUCCAAGUCGCGCCUGCAGAUCAACAGCUUCUUGAUCAGGCUGAUCAUAGACUCUGUGCGUUAUGAUGAGUGCCACUAUGACCUCCUGACGAACAACUGCAAUCACUUCACCGACAAGUUGCUCUUCUUUCUCCUGGGUGAGCACAUGCCGCGUGCAGUGCUCCGUCAACAUGACCUGGUCAGACAGGGCUUUCGAGGUCGACUACUGUGUGGGCUUCUGCGUUCCCACAUUCAGCUGGUGCAGACUGUCGAAGGAUUCCUGGACAGGGUACACGCUUGGGCCUUUGCGGGAGUUCCCUUGCGAGAUGUUCUCUGGACGUGA